UUGUUUUGUGUAGAUUAUUAACAGAAGUGUUUUGGACCCAAAUGGAUACACUGCUCACGACGGUUUGAGUUUUAAGAGUUUAUAAAACUCAUUUAAUGUGAUCUGGUAGCGUUUGAGUUUGUCAUCAUGGAUGAUGCUGCUGGGAGCGCGGAGAGUGAAGAUGGUCGGUCUCACCUGGACGCAAGAAACACGGCUGCUGAGUUCAGAGUUUACAAAACGAGAUUGUUCAUCUUAUUUGUACUCUGCCUGCUAAACUGUUCUAACGCAAUGGUAUGGCUGACUUUUGCACCUGUGGCCGACCAGACAGCACAAUAUCUGCGAGUCUCUCUAAAUCUGGUCAACUGGCUGUCACUAGUCUAUGUAGUGGUUGCUAUCUUCUUCAGUUUGAUCACAACAUGGGUGCUGGACUCACUGGGACUGCGCUUCUCGGUAUACAGAGAGAUAUUACUUUAUGCUAAUCACAUGUUGAGCUGCAUCCCCGAACGGGCCAUGUUCCCUAUGGUCAUGGGGGGCCAGACGUUGUGUGCCUUUGCCCAGCCUUUGGUCAUCUUUGCCCCCACCAAGCUGGCAGCUCUCUGGUUCCCUGAUCACCAGAGGGCCACGGCUAACAUGAUGGCUUCCAUGGCUAAUGCUGUUGGGCUUCUCUUAGCGAAUAUCUUCUCUCCAAUGAUACUUAGUUACACCAAUACUCUUUUCAUGCUGCUCUUGAUAUAUGCUAUACCUGCCACCGUAGCCUGUUUCCUAGCAACAGUGGGGAUCCGUGAACGCUUUCCCCCCACACCCCCUUCUGCCAGCAUGGUGACCCCCAGCUCUGAAUUUUUUCUACAUGAGGUGAAACUGCUACUGACAAACAAAGCAUACAUGGUCCUGCUGGUGUGUUUUGGUUCAGGAAUGGGGGUAUUCACUUGCUUUUCCACCUUGCUGGAGCAGAUACUUUGUGUUAAGGGCUACUCAAAUGACUUUGCAGGACUGUGCGGUGCAGUUGCUAUUGUAUUUGGUGUUCUGGGUGCUUUUCUCCUUGGCCUGUACGUGGACAAGACCAAGAAGUUUACAGAAGUCACUAAAAUAAACAUGUGUCUGACAUCCCUGGGCUGCUCGGUUUUUGCAGUGGUUUCCCAGUUGUGUGAUUUAAUCAGACAAAUUCAGGCUGCCCUUUAUCUACUCCUACUACAAGCGCUGGCCAAACCAAUGGUAGAAUCUCCAUUAUCUGUAUGUGCAACUGGAACAGAUGCCAAUUUGAGCUGGACAGUGCCAGUGCUGGUGAUGGCAGGCCUGUGUACUCUGGGCACCUGCUGCUUUGUUGGCUUUUUCCACACGGAUUACCGGAGACUCAGUGCGGAAGCCACAGCCUCACCAAACAGGGUGACAGACCAGUCAACAGGAGGAGACACCUGGGCAAACAGCACUGAUGCAUAAAGGGACGGACUGAUCUAACGCCAAGAGAAACCACUGAUGACAGGGUUUACGCACACUUUAAAGUCUUUUACCUCAUUAACACUGAAAAUAUGUCUUGAAUGCUACUUUGUUCAGAAGUGGUACCACCUCAGUGCAAUUAAUGUUACAUAAAGCCAAACUCAUUGUGCACAAAAACAUUUGUUUCUGUUAAAGGUAACCAAGACCAAAAGUUUUAUGCAAAUAUUAAUCUCAACUCAUAAAUGUUUUUAUUGCAAUACAGGCUACAGGUAUUUUGUAACUGUGAUACUUAAUGCACUAAUAAUUAUUUUAUAAUGUAGUUAUUUUGAGGUACAUAUGUUGUUUAAAUUUUUAAAGUUGGAAACUAUGGCUAGUAGUUAUUUUAUGAAAUUAAGAGAUAUAUUUGAGUGCAAUAAAAUGUCCAUAGGACUAAUUUCUAACUAAAGGAGGAGUAGAAAUGAAGGAUUGCUGGAAUAACCACCAUGGAAUUAAAAAAAAAAAAAAGGUAAUUGUGACUUUACAGUGUGAGUUUACAUCUCACUUUUUUUUUUUUUUUCAAGAUAUAAACUCAGAAUUGAUAAUAUAAACUCAAUUACAAGAAAAAGAAUUGCGAGGUAUAAACUCAGAAUUCCGUUUUUCUUUCUCGCAAUUCUGUUUUGUUUCUACAACGCAAUAAAAAAUAAAAGGUAAUUGCAACUUUUUCUCACACUACAGAUUUCUUUUCUUGCAAUUACGAGUUUACAUCUCACAAUUCACAAUUUUCUUCUCAGAAUUGCAAGUUUUUAUGUUUUUAGUUUUUCAGAGAAUUGGGAGAAAGUCACAAUUACUUUAAGUGAAGUAUUUUCAAUUCUAAUUAAUAUUUAAUAUAAUAUAGUUAUUUAUAUUGCCAUGUAAUAGGAAGCAUGACAGUGUACAUUAAGAUGGUCAUUUAUACAAAUCCCACCUGUUCUGCACAUAUUUUUUUCAAUUCCUGCUAACUUGACCAAAACAUUUAUUUGUUUGUAUGUUAAUAAAAUUAAUUAUACAAUCAA